AUGCCUACGGCCGGGCUCUGGCUAUUGGAGCCAGGCGCUCCCAGGAUACCUCUGCCCUCCGCCCUCUACGAUGUGAAGUGCGAUCCCGGCUUCCGGUGCGUCUCGAAGGUGAGCGACUUUGGGCUGCACCACGACGGGAACUACAGGGCAGAAGACCUGGGCAAAGAUGCCAUUGCCGCCCGCUACAACAGCGCAUACGAGGUCGGCUGUCCGGCUCGGGGGACGAGCCACGCGCUGGGUGAGUGCACGGAUGUUGGCCUUGGGCCGCAGUUCUACUGCUGGUCCCCCCAACGCUUCGAGGCUGGCGAAACCGCGCCGUGUGGUGCAGAAGACUCCGGGAAGUGCCUUUGCGUCAGGAACACUUCCAAUGCCGGGGACACCCUGGACAAGGAGGUGCCAAAUCAACAUGCACAGGUGAAGGAAGGUGAAGACCUGCAAACCGGGAUGUGGCCAGUGGAGACCUACAAGCAGCUGAAAUGUCGGGAGUGCUCGCAGCACGACCAGAGCCAAGAGGACUGCCUCGCUUGUGCGCCAAAGUGCGACUACGGCACGAAGGAGCUGUCCGGUAUCAAGAUUACCGGCUGCUUCAACUCGGAGAAAUAUGCCUUUGAUAAGAAGGAGGCCGAGAAGCAGGCCGCAGAAAGACUCAAGGAAGCCACGAAGGACGCGCCGCAAGGCGAAGCUGCUGUGAAGCAGGAGCUUCAGGCGUAUGAGACGAAAGAGACGCCGGAGACGGAGUCCAAGCGCCUGUCCGUCAUCCCUCACUACAGGCUCUGGGACCCCAAGGCGCACGACGACUUCGGCGACGCAUUGGCCCUCAGCCAUCAUCUUUUUAUCUUCAAGCUGGUAGCGGAGCUUCUGCUACGAGCAGGGGCGAUGAUGCACCAGACUUACGUAGUCGUAGUCAUGGCCCUUUUGUCCGGGCCAGCUGUGAGCCUCACGAGUCUAGAUGGAAGUCGUGGAGAGUCGUCCGUCUCGACUGGUGAGGCCACAGUCGUAAGUCCCAGCCGCAUUCCAGACGAACAGAGCGCGCACGCACGCGAGAAGUUUCCUUCACGUUACGAGGUUCCUGGAGGAGCACUUGGGUUGCUGACGCGCCGGGUACAGAAGUUCGUAUGGUUGGUUGGGUGCAUCAGUUCUUUUCUUUACCUUGGAUGUAUGUUUCAGCCGCCUCAAGGAGGCGGUGGAGCCCACAACACACUGCGCUUACCUCCACGAUGGGAGCCUGCAAUGGAAUCCACGCUGCCUUUCAGGACGUGGCUCCAGGACCUCAUGUUAUGGACGAUAUGUACUGACCUGGCGCCACCCCAGCAGGCAGCUGCUAUCAUAUCCCAACUUGGAGGCCCAGCACGCGAUCUUGCGAGACAGCUUACGCCUCAAGAGGUGUACAAUGGAGGAAUUGUGAAUGGUCAGGCCCUUGAUCCUGUCAGUUUCCUCCUUCAUGGGCUGUCGGCAAGAUUCGCGCCGCUGGAUGAAGAGAACCGCUUGCGAGCGGCCCAGGAUCUCCUGAGUUUCAGCCGUAGGCAAGGUGAAUCGGUGGAUGCGCUGAUUUCUCGCUUCGACAUCACUCGCCAACUGGCUCGGCAAGAAGGGGGCGGCGCUGUUUCCACAGAUACAGCGGCCCUCAUACUGCUGAGAGCAUGUGGUGUGAACAGCGAGCAGUUUCAAACCUUGACACAGCCUUUUGGAUUGAGAUUGCCGAACACGGAGCAGGAGUUCAGCAACAUCCACACCUACAUGGCUGAGGCAGACACAGGAUCUUCGUAUUCAGCUGAGGCCUGGACUGGAUCAGGCUUGGGCGGCGAUGGUGCCGCGGAUAUGGGCAUGCCGGCGUCUGGGACGGAUUGGGCCUUCGCAGCCCACACUGUUGGCACAGAUGCUUCGGGCACAGACUCGGAGACCAGCUCAGAUCGCGAUGAGCCGUUGCCUCUUGAAGACCUUCAAGGCAUGUCCAGCACGCAAGCAGAUGAGUACUUGUUUGGGCAGUAUCAGCAGGCGAAGAAGAGAUGGAGAAGGUUUACGGGAAAACCUGUCAGAUCGUUGCGCCGUGUCCUUAAGCGCAAGGGCAAAGGCAAAGGGAAGCAGCGAAGUUACCUCAACAUUGAUUCCUUGCUUCAGCAGUCCGCAUACUUUCGGGGAAAGGGUAAGGGCGGAUCAAGCAGUGGGAAAGGCUUCGGAAGGAAGCAGAACCCGAAGGGUCGUGAUGGUGAGCCGCUUCGCUGUUCGAUCUGCAGUUCUGUUUAUCACUUGAGAGCCCGCUGUCCCCAACGUAGUGAUAACCCACAGCCUUCCAGCAGCUCUUCACAGCCUCAGAGAGCCCCUCCGGCAUUCACGGUAGAGCCUGCAGGAAUGCAUUUCGCCGCGUUUGAGAGCGAGGGUUCUUCCUGGGUUCCGGUUACUCCUAGGUCGGUCACUUCCAGUAGGAUUGAAGGCCACGGUGAAGACGGUCACCGAGCCCCUAGGACUGGAUCCCAGGGUUCUGCGCGUGGGCACUCUGCCCCAGCAGAAGAGCAUGCAUUGACCCCUGACCCGUGGACCUUGAACGCAGACCCCUGGAUGCAGUGGCUGCAUGAUGAGACCGAGCAUGCUUCGUCCACGGUGCUGCGUCCGAAUGCUGCUGCCACCAGCUGGGACAUUCCUGGCAUAGGUAGCGUAGGGUCUAGGCAGUCCUUCGGUGAGUCUCUAGGGUUUAGUCCAACUGAGCCCCCGCCUGAGCUGCCGGCCGCAAUGCGCGCUUCAACAGCAGAUGUGACUGCCCCGGUGUGGUUUGCCCCAGUCCAGCAGGCUAUGGCGAGUGUGCAACGACAGCACCAGCCUAGAGCCGAUUCCCGCUUAUCUCGGGCCAGCCACAUUACGCAGGUGCCCUCUAUCUUUGCACAGCGUGCCGGUCUGUCCUCGGCUAGUCCACCCGUUGACGCGCCUGGCCCUGGAACAUCAUCAGCCAGUGCAGCGGUUACGAUGUUUGGUCAAGUCCUUGCAUUCAGGGCCGAGAGACAGACGAGCCGUCAGACAGCAGCCCCAAUUGUCAGCGAAGCAGCCCGUGCCCAGCCUGUUCGUGAGUUUCAUGGUCAUGUGAAUGCCUGCUCGAUUUGCCUCGAGGAGUUCCGGCCGGGAGACAUUGUGUGCCGCAUGACGUGUGGCCAUGUCUUCCACAGCAUGUGUGUAGGAGAAGCUGCAAUGCGCUCUGACGUUUUGUCCGAGACUGAGGUUGUUAUCUCCUGCCCCAACUGCCGUGCAGAGGUUUCCGCUAGGCACUCAUGGGUAUUUCCUCACAUUGCCGAAGCUCAGCCUGACGGUCAACCUGAGACACAGGCCGAGCCGCCGCAUCGUAAUGAAGCAUCCCCAGCGCCUGCAGAGCGUUCGGGUGACCCUGAAGCGGAUGAGAUCCAUACACCUGUCCGGGAAGGUGAUGCAGAGGAGUUCUCAUCGCCUAUGGAAAGCUUCCCCUGGUGGCCGGUGCCAUCUCACACCUCUGCGCCGGCCGAUGCCGCAGAGCAGACUUCCUACCAUAGCAAUGUUCGAUUGUCUGAUGGAAGAGUAGGACUCUUGGUGGAUCCCGGCAGUUACGGCAACCUUGUUGGUGAGCAGUGGUUGACAGAAGCAGCUAUGAGCAUGCAACGCAAUCCUACCAUGAAAUCUCGUGCCUCACCGCUCCAGGUUGGAGGAGUCGGAAAAGGUGCUCAGCUUUGCCGUGAGGAUUGCACUCUUCCGAUCGACUUGACGCGUCAGGACGGGUCCGUCACCGCAGGAUCUUUCACGAGUCCUGUUGUUUCCCAGAGUGGUUGUCCAGCAUUGUUGGGACUCAGGUCUUUGCAAGAAAACCGUGCUAUCUUGGAUAUGGCCAAGAAACAACUGCAUUUUGUGGCACCAGGAGAGGUGACCCUAGUCCUGCCGCCAGGUUCAGAAACCUUUCAACUUGAAUCAGCCGUGAGUGGCCACCUUCUGUUGCCUUGCACCUCCCGAGUGCCUGCAACCCGCGGUGAGCACCACUUGUUUGCAGAUGAGGGCGAGGCUGCUUUCUUGAACACGCCGCUCAGUGCGAGUAACCUUGAGGCUGAGGAGGCCGAAUGCAGGCAAGUGCUUGCAAACUAUGACUAUGCCUCUGCGUCAGCUUUGCUGGUAAAGCUGUGUCGUGGUUGGCAUGACGCUAACCCAACAACCCAGGGAAGGUUUGGACAGCAAGGUCUCAGCGUGUGUAUUGGUGCUUAUACGCAUGGCGGUGAUCAAGGCCUCACUAAGGUGACUGAAGAACGCCCUCAACUGUCUCAGCUCAUUUGCCGCAUGCUGACUAGCACAGCCCCGCAGGCGUCAUUCACCUCUGUGAUGUUGAACAUAAACUGCUCUGCCCCCGUGCAUAUGGACCGGUUUAACAAGGGUGUAAACACGGUUCUGCCCGUACAGAUGCCUGCGCAUGGAGGUGACUUGUGGGUCGAGCUGAAAGCCGGUGACACAGUCACUGGAGCAGUUGAGGUGCGUCAGGAUGGUUCCCAGGCUAUCGCCGGCCAAGUUCACAAGCUGACCGCAGGCUGUCCAGUUACAUUCUGCCCGAAGGCCAAGCACGCGACCACACACUGGACGCGUGGCUUCAGGGUAGCUUUGGCUGCGCACACCACUGGUGGCUAUCACAAGCUGCCAGCAAAUUCCCUCGCGUGUCUCCGUGAUCUUGGGUUUGCGAUGCCAAGCUGCACGCAAGCACACUUCAUACCUGAGCCAGUUGCCGCUCGCCCACAGGCUGAGUCAUCAAUCCGCAGUCCCGCACCUGCCGUAUCCACAGGAUCUCAUGCCGACCAACAGCCUGAGCCAUCAGUCCGCAGUCCCGCACCUGCCAGAGCUAAGGCCAGCAACAACACGCCAUCAUCACCUCGUGGUCCUCAGAAGUCACCAGGUCUCCCUAGCCUUCAGUUCGUUAAGCGAGUGCUGUUGAUCACCAUCUUUCAUUCCACAGUCUCCGCCUUCAUGAAUCAGGGCUGGGAGCCGUUCCGGCUGAGGCCACUUGAGCUCCUGCGCGAUGGGUUCGAUGAUGCAGUGCGUAGGCUUAAAGGCUCUGAGUUUGAUGUUGUGUGGGUGGAUGUCACAGACCCUCGUCAGUUCGCAGGUGCCGAAAGGACAAAUCAGGUUUGCAGUCGAUUAGGUGUUGUGUUCAGUUGGGCCGAACGUCAGUCGGUCCCUGUUGUGCUUGCCGCUUCCCGCCGUACAGCGUGGCGGCACAAUGCAGUCCAAGCCCUUUUGGACCGAGGCCGUUACUUCAUGAGCCACCACAGUUGGUGCCGGUUUGGCGCACGUAUUCAUGCAGCAACAAGCGCAGCCAAACACAAGGUGUACUGCAGCUUGAAGCUGCCCAGUCAUGAUUGCAACUGCCCGCCUUCCACAGAACAUGUGUUUGACUUGGAUGACAAGUCAGCUGGCAGUUCCCGUAUCCGCGCCGCGGCCGAGCAGACUGUGGUGGAGCAGAUCAUUACCGUCCUGAGCCGAGCAUUGGAUGCCCGCUCAGGGCCCUCGAAGCCAACCGACUCGGUUCCUUGUUUUCCGUCGUUAGCUGCUGGAUCAGUCAGAUCCUCAAAACACGUCUCUUUUGCCACCACGAACUAUCACACGUGUACAGAGUGCGGUCUCCUUCUUCACAACAAGCAAGGCUGCCAAUUUUGUGGCGAGUGCACUGGACCCCACCGAGCUGAUCAGGCAUAUCCUGUUACCAGUCCGACUAGUGCAGUCACACGCUUUGAAAGCACUCCGAGCCCGGCUACUGCUGAGCUGCCUGGCUCUUGCGAGUCCUUUCCUACGGAUACCAAAAUCGCUCAGAAGCUACGUAAGCAGGCUGAGAAAGCCAAAGGUGUUGAGGCCCUGACGAAGCGCAGGCGCAAACCUGUUGAACAGCAUUUUGAUGAUUGCGGGGAGGAUCUCACCAGCCUCAGUGCUCUUGCUGUGGAGGAUCCUAUAGCCUUCACCUCCGACUCUGAGGAAGAGUCGCUCUCUCGAGCCGCAUGCCUUGUGCAACCGCAAGUGAAUGCCUUCGAAACUUGGUCGCAGUGCGGCUGCCCUUACGUUGACCCAGCUGAGUGUUCAGAUCAGACGAUGAUUGCAGUCGACAUUGAAGAGAUGCAGCGAAUCUUAAGUGAGCCUGCAUUCGCAGGCAACGGUGUUGAAAUUGUUGAGCUGUUAGGGGGUGGGACCUCCAAGACUCAGAUUUGCGUGCGACGGCAGCUGAAGUCAGGUCGUAGCUUUGAGUUGAUGACGGACGCAAAUGCCAUGGAUCCUGCUGCUCAGCACAUGUUGCUCGCGUACAUUGCGACAGCAAAGCCAUUGCUUGUGCUCAUGGCUCCUGUACAUCAGCAUGCUGCUGCACCCUCACUUGCAAAUCUCACUGGAGCCAUAGCCGCCGAGCAGUCAAAGCAGCAGCGUUUCUUCUUGAUCGAGCAGCCCUAUCCUUCUGAUUUGUACAACACACACCCAUGGCCAGCAGUGCGUGAGGACUCCACCAGCCGCCGCAUUGUGUUCCAUCAGUGCAUGACAGGUCAGCUACUAAACGGCCUACCAUUCAAACGACCUACUGAGCUUGUCGCCAACAGUGCUACCUUGCUCAAGCCCUUUGAGAAUCUUGGGUGCGAUGGUCUACAUGUGCAUGCACCAAUGCGCGGCAAUGCCGCAGUGCAACCCUUGCGCUGGCCGCCGGCAAUGCGCAGUCGCAUGGCGUAUGCCGUCCAACAGCUGAUGCGCGAGCUGUGUGACCGAGAUCAGUGCCACCUCACGUCUACCACUGACGAGCCGCAUGCAGCACUCAACGCUUUCCCUUCAGUGGCCACGGGACCCACAGAUGAGGGGGAGGUAGCUGUGGGUGAGGCAUGGAGAAAGUGCAAAGGCUGUUUGUGGAGGUUGCAGCAGAAUGACCCCAUGCACACUAGAAUCCGAGGUGAAUGCAAGCAUCCGGACGUAAAAGCCCUCAUCUUCGAUUGCCCCGCUUGCAAGGCAAGGAGGAACAGGUCUGACGAAGGCCAUACAUUCGGACCAGACUGUAGACAUGUGCUUACAUCGCAGCGUGCCAAAGCGGUGCGGAAACGCCCGUAUGCGCGAAUCCCAGCUAGUUCUGAGCCCACUGCUGGUCUGCGAGCCAGCAGCCUUGGACGUGAAGCCGAACAUAAUGCAGAGGACGCAGAAGGAGCAAGGUCAGUGCCUUCAGAACCAUCAGCGCCAUCUCGACCUUUAGGCGCCGCGUCAUCUUCAGAAAAUCCUGCUUCAAGUCCACAGACCCCACCAGGUGCAGCGGAAACGCGCCCUGGCCGUGGGCCGGCCCCACCAGGUGCAGCGGAAACGCGCCCUGGCCGUGGGCCGGAUGUCGCACCGAGGGUGCGGCGUACUUGGGAUGACACUGAAGUGCAGACUGAAGCACCGUCAGAUUGGUCUAGCUUUGAUGUUCAGGCUUCGCUCAGGGGCUUAAGGCACGCUGAUGAAGCUGGCCGGCGAAGAAUUCUUCGCAAGCUGCAUCUUCGAUGGUACCACUGUGGCACUGAGAAGCUUACCAGUUUGUUGCGAGCCGCUGGUCUGGGAAAGGACGUCUUGGAUCUAGUCCCGGAGAUAGUGGACACCUGUCGUAUCUGUCGGCGAUGGGCAAGGCCGAGUGCGGACGCCAAGACGAGUUGCCGAAUGAUAGUGGGUUUUAACAUUGAGGUUGAAGGUGAUCUCAUGUUUUACCGCCACCAAGGCAAACAGCACAUAGUCUUGGUUUUGGUUGAUAGGGGUGUAAGGUGGUGUGCCACCGCGCUUGUGUCCGACCGCUCCACCAACACUUUGUUGACCAACCUAGAUCGAGCAUGGAUCUCAGUGUUCGGUCCUAUGCAAGUCUUGAUCUUUGAUGGCGAGGGCGGAUUGGAUGAUGAAGAAAGCACCACCUACUUUCAGUUGAGGGGCAUCACCAAGCGCACAUCAGCACCCAACCAGCAUACUCGCAUUGCAGACAGGCGCAUCGCCAUAUUGCGUGAUUCUUUGCACAAGUUGUCGUCUCAACUGCAGGAGGAAGGCCUCAGCGUCCCCUUUGAGAGGAUGAUGUGUGAAAUGACUUUCGCAUUGAACGCGCUCACCAAUGUCAAUGGUCAGUCUCCCUACACGGCUGUCUUGGGCCGCAUUCCAGCAAUCCUUCCAAGUGAUGACAGCCUCAUUUCUGAUGGAGUGCCUGACCGGUGCUCAAGUCAUACACACCGGCUCCGAGAAAUUGCAGUGCAGACCAUUGCUGAGGGCACUGCUCGGGAGAGACUGAAGCGAGCGCUGAAGACGCCGACUCGACCAUCAAGCAUUGAGGAAGACUACAAAGUCGGAGAUGCCGUGGACUACUGGCGUGAGCCUCUGAACAAGGACUCAUCAGGCUGGCGUGGCCCAAGCACAGUUGUCGAUCUAUCAAGGCUUGAGCACGGCCGCAUAGGCAUUCGUACGAGCACAGACCAGGUGCUAACAUGCCGUUUGCAGGACGUGCGACAUAGCUUAACGUUUCUGUCUGAUGAGCUUUCUGCCUUCUUUGGAGCCGACGACCUGAUUGCGCCUGCCGGCUCCCAAGCCAACCAUGCACAGCAGUAUGUUCAGACGUACACCGACAGCCUCAAGCACGGUACCGUGUUGACUUUGGGCCACAUUCGAACAUCAGCGGGUCAAUGGACCGAGACUCCUCAGACUGAAGCCCAUCGUGAGGUAUAUCGUGCGUGUAUGUUCCUCGCUGAAACCGUCUUUCAGCUCUCUGGUGUAGUGGCCGUUCGUUUAGCCCACGCUGUGCGCACCCUCACUGCACGCGAAGAAUACAGCAAUACAUUGUUGCUGUGGUGGUCUGCUCCUGGGAGUCGGAACAUCAGUUUCUUACACAGUGAGGCCUCCAGAGUCUCAACUGUUGAGCUCCUGAGUCAAGCCUGGUCCGAUGCUCGUUUGAUACAGUUUCUCUGUGUCCCUGAUGAUGAAGGCUGGGCUACUUCCGUGCGAUGGACAAGUCCCACCGCGGAUUCCGUUGUAGCCACCUCUAGUGAAGCCGGCUCUGUGCAACGCCUUUCCACAGUGCCUGAGGAGUCUGAGGGCGCCGAGUCCGAAAGCUUUGUCGCAUGGAGUGAUCUAUGUGCAGUCUUUGGAGACUCCAUUCCUCCAGAGGACGCGGCGUCGCUUACCGAGGCCUACCUUGCCUCCAGCUCUGAGCCUGCUCCACAUCCACCUGGGAACAUUGACCUUCCGAGUAUGUGCUCAAGGCGAAACUUGAUCGCCAUGAGUGAGGCGGAAAUCCCUAACUGGCAUGCCGUCAACGGAGAUUCUGAAAGCUCCUGGGCAACAGAAGCUCAAAUGUCCACAUACCUCGCCUGUGCAGACACCGCCUCGGAAGCAGAAGUCUUAGAUGCAGAUGAGGUCGGAGCGUAUGUUGCCUUGGAAGUGUACGGUGACAUGUGUAAGCUUGUUGAAGGCUUGAGUCGCCUACCUGAGGAAGGUGAACAUGUCGAAGUGCGCAUGUAUGAGACGCACACCAGGAAAGCAGUCAUCGACAGGUCAGAUGACUUGCUGACCCAGGAUGAAGUUCGCUUGCAUGCCGCUGAAGUCACUCAAGCCGUGCUGAAUGAGCUCAAGACUUGGCAGAGCUUCAAGUGUUUCGCACGUAAGCCACGCUCCCAGUGCUCUUGUAUCAUCGAUGCCAAAUGGGUAUACAAGUGGAAGUACGUUAAGGGUGUUCGUACCAUUAGGGCUAGGCUUUGUUUGAGAGGCUUUAAAGAAAGCGGCGCUGACGAUCAGUCAAACUUCGCCACGACAGCAUCAAGGUUCAGUCAACGGCUACUUGUCAGCGAAUGCGUCCUUCGCGGAUGGGUCAUCGCAUCCUCCGAUGUCCCAAAGGCAUUUCUUCAAGGAGUAUCCUACGAUGAACUGGCUGAAGCCACCGACCGCCCUCGUCGCGACGUGAGCUUCGAACUGUCCGGAGAAGGCCUCGCAUGUUUGAAAAUGCUGCCGGAGUUUGCGACAUUUAACCCAAGGACAGAAGCUUUGCAUUGCCUCAAGCCGGGGACUGGCUGUCGUGAUGCUCCUAGAGCAUUCAGCAUGAAACUGCGUCAGGUCACUGAAAAGUUCGGGUUCAAGAGUUCAAGCGUGGAUUCAGAACUAGAGCUGCUUCAUCAGUCUGAUGAGCUUGUCAUGGCCAUCAUCAAGCACGUGGACGACCUCAAGAUGAUUGGGCCUCGCAGGUUAAUCGAAGAGUUCGUGAAGCACCUCACUGCUACAUUUGGCCGCAUGGACAUCGAAUGGCACGUGUUCGCGUUUUGUGGCAUCCAGCAUCGGCAAGCAGCUGACGGAAGCAUCAGUUUGGACCAGAACAAGUUUCUGGCUGCGUGCAAGCCCAUCACGCAACCGAGUGCUCUCAGCGGUCCUGCCGAGAAACUGUUGCCCGAAGAGGCCCGUAGACACUUCUUAAGCUUGCUCAUGACGUUGGCAUAUGGUUUGCUGACGCGCCCUGACAUUGCAGUGUUCAUUACAGCGCUCCAGCGCGAAUCGCACCAAGCCCGCAUAGUGCACGUGAAGCGUUUGAACACUUUGCUUCUUUGGGUUCAAGCGAACCCUCGAAGCAUCCAGUAUCCUGUGAUGCCUUAUCCAGACAUGCUCCUCCAGAUAUCCGAUUCUUCCUACAAGGCUAAGGCUGAAGAUGGUUUAUCGGUUAGGGGAUUAGUUAGUGUCCGGGUUAGCGCUCAUGGGGUCAAUGAAGGGCUAAAGUCAACGCAUUGUCAUUUGGUGGACUUUGCAAGUAAGGCCCAGAGGCACGUGACGAGAUCGACGUUUUCUUCUGAGCUUUUUGCAUCGACCGAUGCUGCUGACAUCGGGUUGUUGCAUACUGUGGCUUUACAUGAACUCAAGCAUGGUGUGCUGAGUCCAACUUCAGCUAAGCAGUUGAGCGAGGGUGAGCUUGAAUGCUCGGUGAUGUUGGGGUUAGCAAUUGAUGCGCGCUCUGUCAGCACAGCAGUCAUUGCUCCGAACAUCAAGGUUCCAGCUGAACCAAGCCUCUUGCUACAUGUUUGCUGGCUGAGGGCUCUUCUUGUGAAGCAGCGACUUCGCUACCUUUAUUGGGUCGAUACGCGAUCGAUGGUUGCCGACGGCCUCACGAAAGGAAGCUGCUCACGGUCUCUACUUCAAACAGUCAUGGGUGGAACACUUCAAAUGGAUCAACCUUAUGAGCUGCAAGAGAUCCGACAAUGA